GCUACGAUGGCGGCAGCUGCUGUGGUGGCAGCUACGGUCCCCGCGCAGUCGAUGGGCGCGGACGGCGUGUCCUCGGUGCACUGGUUCCGCAAAGGACUACGGCUCCACGACAACCCCGCGCUGCUAGCUGCCGUGCGCGGGGCGCGCUGUGUGCGCUGCGUCUACAUCCUCGACCCGUGGUUCGCGGCCUCCUCGUCUGUGGGCAUCAACCGAUGGAGGUUCCUACUGCAAUCUCUAGAAGAUCUGGACACAAGCUUAAGAAAGCUGAAUUCUCGUCUGUUUGUAGUCCGGGGACAGCCAGCUGAUGUGUUCCCAAGGCUGUUCAAGGAAUGGGGGGUGACCCGCUUGACCUUUGAAUAUGACUCUGAACCCUUUGGGAAAGAACGGGAUGCAGCCAUUAUGAAGAUGGCCAAGGAGGCCGGUGUGGAGGUGGUGACUGAGAACUCUCACACCCUCUAUGACCUAGACAGAAUCAUCGAACUGAAUGGGCAGAAACCACCCCUUACCUACAAGCGCUUUCAGGCCCUCAUCAGCCGUAUGGAGCUGCCCAAGAAGCCAGUGGUGGCUGUCAGCAGCCAGCAGAUGGAAAGCUGCAGAGCUGAGAUCCAGGAGAACCAUGAUGACACCUAUGGUGUGCCUUCCCUAGAGGAACUGGGAUUCCCCACCGAAGGACUCGGCCCAGCUGUUUGGCAAGGAGGAGAGACAGAAGCUCUAGCCCGCCUGGAUAAGCACUUGGAACGGAAGGCCUGGGUUGCCAACUAUGAGAGACCUCGGAUGAAUGCCAAUUCCUUGCUGGCCAGCCCCACAGGCCUCAGCCCCUACCUGCGCUUUGGAUGCCUCUCCUGCCGCCUCUUCUACUACCGCCUGUGGGACUUGUACAAGAAGGUGAAGAGGAACAGCACACCCCCCCUCUCCUUAUUUGGACAACUCCUGUGGCGAGAAUUCUUCUACACAGCAGCCACCAACAACCCCAGGUUUGACCGAAUGGAGGGGAACCCCAUCUGCAUCCAGAUCCCCUGGGACCGCAACCCCGAAGCCCUGGCCAAGUGGGCCGAGGGCAAGACAGGCUUCCCCUGGAUUGACGCCAUCAUGACCCAGCUGAGGCAGGAGGGCUGGAUCCACCACCUGGCCCGGCACGCCGUGGCCUGCUUCCUCACCCGCGGGGACCUCUGGGUCAGCUGGGAGAGCGGGGUCCGGGUAUUUGACGAGCUGCUCCUGGAUGCAGAUUUCAGCGUGAACGCAGGCAGCUGGAUGUGGCUGUCCUGCAGCGCUUUCUUCCAACAGUUCUUCCACUGCUACUGCCCUGUGGGCUUCGGCCGACGUACGGACCCUAGUGGGGACUACAUCCGGCGAUACCUGCCCAAAUUGAAAGGGUUCCCCUCCCGAUACAUCUAUGAGCCCUGGAAUGCCCCCGAGUCAGUUCAGAAGGCCGCCAAGUGCAUCAUUGGCGUGGACUACCCACGGCCCAUCGUCAAUCAUGCAGAGACUAGUCGGCUCAACAUUGAGCGGAUGAAGCAAAUCUACCAACAGCUGUCGCGAUACCGGGGACUCUGUCUGCUGGCAUCUGUCCCUUCCUGUGUGGAAGACCUCAGUCACCCUGUGGCAGAGCCUGGUUCUAGCCAGGCUGGGAGCAUCAGCAGCACAGGCCCCAGACCACUAUCCAGUGGCCCAGCUUCCCCCAAACGCAAGCUAGAAGCAGCUGAGGAACCUCCUGGUGAAGAACUGAGCAAGCGGGCUAGAGUGACAGAGAUGCCUGCCCAAGAGCCACCAAGCAAGGACUCCUGA